CUCGGGUUCCCGGGUCCCAACCUUGGGCAAGGGCUCCGAGGGUCGUAGCCAGCCUCAUUUACGGCCCGCAUAGGUGGUUUUUAGUGACACCGCUCGCCCAGCGGCAGCGCGGGCACUGCGGAGCAGCGACCUGCGCAAAAUCGCAGUCGUAUGGGCCCUACGCGCCGCAAUUGGGUAAGCAGCUAUGGCGGCGCUCGUCGCCGUAUUGCUGCUGCCGGGCGGCCUUGCUGCCAUGUGCGGCGAGCCCGACGCGGCGGGCCGCAGCAUUGCGCACUAUCAUCAGCACAAGAACGCCGGCAUCACGAUCCGCGCCAUGCUGAAGAACGUGACGCACGCGCGCGAGAUGCAUUCGAGCCGGCCGCCGCUCGCAAAGGUGCUGCGCGCGGCCGGCGCGAAGCGCGAGUUCGUCGUCACCUUCGUGCGCGAGCCGGUCUCGCGGACGCUGUCGCGCUACUGGUACUGGCGCGCGACGGGCAGCGACAAGAGCAAGAAGACGCGCAAGGCGCGCUGCGCGACGCUGCUGGAGUACGCGCGGGCGAGCGCGCGGGCCAACAACCAGCACCAGUACAUGCUCGGCGGCGCGGCGCUCGGCGCCUGCGCGGCGCGGCGGCGGCUCGGCGGGCGCGCGCGCGGCUUCUCGCUCCAGAAGCUCCGCGGCUUCUCGUGGGGCGCGCGCGGGCGGAGCAAGGGGCCCGCCGAGGGCGACGGCGUUUUCGACGCGGAAGCCGGGAACAGGACGAAGGCGCCCGCGGACGUGUGCCCGGCGGGCGCCGAGGCGUACGGGCGGCGCGUGGACGAGCUCCUGGCGUCGCCGGACCUCUUCGUGGGUGUCGUGGAGCACUUUGAUUUGUCGCUUUUGUUGCUCGGGCGACUCUUCCCGGACCUGGACGUCGACUAUUGCCGGCGGAACUCCGUGGUCGGCGCGCCCCGCCUCGACGCCGUGCGCGCGAGCGCCGCGGACGCGGUCCGCGUGAUCGCGGCGAAGAAUCGCCUCGACGCCGUCGUCCAUCGACGCGCGGAGGCGGCGCUCCUCGCGCGGGCGCGCUGCGUCUUCGGGGGCGCCGGGGGCGUGGACAGGGCCCUGGCGAACUACACGGCGCGCCUGCGGGCCUUCCAGCGCGAGCGCUGCGGCACGUCGGGCCACAGCCACUCGCUAGGGUCGCCCCUGGACGAGCCGACGGCGUGGUCGCCGAGCGAGGAGUGCCGGCGCUACCGGGCGAGCGAGGAUUUCCUGCCAGUGAGCGACGACGACGAGGAGUCCGUAGACCCCUAGGAC